AUGUCUGCAGCGCUCACCACCCUGGAUCUUGGCUGGCUCACUUCCUUGCCCGGCCUGGCAACAAUAUUCGGCACCUAUGUCCUUGGGCUCUCAUUCUACAGACUCUACCUCAGCCCGCUCGCUGGAAUACCUGGCCCCAAGAUUGCUGCCCUCACGUCCUUGUACAAUGCCUAUCACGAUCUGUUCGCGAACGGGGGAGGGCACUACAUUUGGGUGGUCGAGGAUAUGCACCGGAGAUAUGGCCCCAUUGUGCGCAUCAGACCAGAUGUUGUCCACGUCAAUGAUCCUGCCUUCAUCGAGCAGCUCUACUCGCAGUCGCCCAGGGUCCGCCGUGAACGCUACGCCACGGUACUAGGAAUGGCGCAGAAUCCCGGCUCCAUCCUCGGCACAAAAGAUCAUGAUAUGCACAGGCGGCGUCGCGCGGUGUUGAAUCCAUUAUUCUCCCAGGCGAACGUGCGCCGCCUAGAGCCCAUCAUCAAUGACACCUUGACCAACCUGUUUGGCCGGAUGGACGGCUGGGCGCGCCAGGGAGAACCAGUUGGCUUCAACGACCCUCUCCGCGCAGCCACCAAGGAUAUCAUCCAGGCGUACGCCUUCGGUCAAGGAGGGCCCAAGUAUCUCGACAUGGAGGACUGCAACAAGCCAUUCUUUGACGUUGUCGGGCCACAGCCAAUUUCGCACCUCAGCACCCAUACCCUCUUGCUCAGCAAGCUGUUGCAGAAGAUGCCUCCCGCCUUGAUGAUACGCCUUAUCCCCCGUGUCGCUGUCUUCAUAGAGUACGCGCUGGACAUCCACGCGCAGAUUGAUGCCUUGCGUGGUGCCAAGGAUCUUCCAGAAGGCCGCACAAUCUUCCACGAAAUCUUGACAAGUGACAUUCCCGAAUCGGAAAAGCAGACCAAACGCCUCGGCGAGGAAGCCUUGAUCAUGGUCAUCGCUGGCUCCGACACCACGGCAUCAACUCUGGCUUGCAUCAUGUACCAUGUGCUGGCGGACAGAGAGCUGCUCCGCCGCCUCAAGGCGGAGCUCGAGACGGUCAUGCCCAACCCAGACGAUCUCCCUGCAGCGUCCAAGCUCGAGAGCUUGACCCUGCUCAAUGCCAUUAUCCAAGAGGCCAUCCGCCUGUACCCCGGCGCCACGCAUCGGCAGGAUCGGAUGGCGCCAGACGAGGAUCUCGUUUAUACCAACCCAGACUCGGGGACGACAUAUGUCAUCCCGCGAGGAUACGGCAUCGGCAUGACGGCACCUCUGGUCAACCGCCACCCAUCCAUCUACUACCGGCCCAACGACUUCUUGCCCGAGCGGUAUAUUGAGAACAAGAAGCUGGACAAGUACCUGUUCUCCUUCUCCAAGGGCACUCGCCAGUGCAUCGGCAUCAACCUGGCCUAUCAGGAACUGCAGAGCUUCACUGCCGGGAUCUUCCGCAAGUACAGUCUGUACGACCCGGACAAGGGCGAGAAUGGCCAGGGCGGGCCUACGCUUGAGCUGUUCGAGACCACACGCCGGGAUAUUACCAUGCAUGCAGACUGUGUUACACCCAAGCUGCCCCCGGGGAGUCAAGGCUUGAGGUUGAGGAUCCGCAAUUGA